AUGUUGGCUAUACGUUCAAUACGACAAGCGACCAACCGUCCGUUGAUAUACAGGUCAAUUAUACGGUCCUACUCGAAGGAAAACAAGGACAUUGAGCCCAAAAAGGACGAAUCGGUUUCGGAAAACAAGAUAAAACCGUCCACUUCCAGGGCAGCUCCAGCGCCAUUUGACCAAUCCAAUUCGGUUUCGAACUUGCUUUCCAAGAACAAAAAGCCUUACAUCCCCAAAAUUAAGCAUGAAAGACUCACCUACGAUUAUCCGGGACUUCCCAACCAAGAUGACUUUACUAAAUAUUCUGGGAACAGUGAACACAAACCCAUAAAACCCGUCACCAGAUGGUCAAGAUACGUACCCAAAAUACUCACAGCCAUUGUCGUUAUCUGGGGUGCUUAUACCGUGAAAGUGUGGGUAUAUCUGCCUGAAAAAGGCUCGGACAGUAAGGAAUUGUUGUCCCCAACGGAUUUCCACAAGUUCAUCGUUACUCACAAAGAACAAAUUGACAAUGACCAUUUUCUCGUCGAAUUGACGCCAAAGUAUAACCACUGGCAGUAUAACUACCAUAUCAAUUACGCAGAAAAGUCAAUAUGGAACGGCGACAGAAUUUGGUCGGUGGAAAUCAAACAGCCGGAAAUCAUGGUGGUGAGAUCGUACACUCCUCUUCCACUAUACUUUAUGAAGUCGGAGUACACGAGGUCUGGUGAGAAAAAGCCCUUGCUUAAGGUCAUUGAUAACGAAACUGAAGACUACGACAAACAAGGAGUCAUGACCUUAUAUGUUAAGCGGUACAAAGACGGCGAAGUAUCGCGCUACAUCACCAGUCGCAACAUUGGUGAUGAGUUGGAACUUCGAGGACCACAUAUCAAUUACAAGUUUCCAUACCACCCACUCAAGGAGCAUUUCCAGAGGCCCACAUUCAAGGAUUUACCCUCCAAGAUCGAGGCAGAGUCUUUUCGUGAAAAAAUCGAGAGUGUGAAAAACAUACCAAAGUUUGACAACUUGGUAUUUUACGGUGCUGGAACAGGAAUUGCUCCAAUUCUUCAAGUUUUGCUCUCCCGCAAUCCCUAUAGGGGCCACACCACCAUCCAUUACUCGGCGCAAGCACCUGGUGAACUAGAGCCGUUUGAACGGUUCCUCUAUUUCUUGGAGCAAAUUGACAGAAUACUGUUAAAAAAGCAUUACGACUCUGAAAAAAAGAGUAUUUUAAGCAGCAAGGAUAUAGAAAAACCCACCGAGCUGCAUUAUCUCAGUCCAUUGAGACUCGAGCAACAAAGUUUCUCUCCCGAAGAGUCUCUUAAAAUGCGUAUGCGAAUACUAGAAGGAGAAAAUGAAGACGAACCAAAUGAAGACGACGGGACGGACAUUAUCAGAUAUGAAAAUGCCAUUGAGCAAGCUCGUGCCACCAAGAAAAUGAAAAAAGAAGAUCCUGCUCUCGCUUUGGUUUGUGGACCAGAGGGCUAUAUUGGAUACGUUGCGGGUCCAAAAGAUCUUGAAGCUAGAAAGCAAGGGCCCGUUGAUGGUCUCCUCGGUAAGCGUGGGUGGAGCUCCGUCAAUGUAUAUAAGUUAUAA